AUGAAUAAUGCUCUUCUCUUGAAAUGGAAGUGGAGAAUUCUUCAUGAUGCCGAUGCAAUUUGGAAUACAUUUAUCAAAAUGAGGUAUGUUUGUCCUAAAGUUAGGAUUCAAAUUAAUGGAGGAAUUUUGCAUAGAAGUGACGAUUCAAUUUGGUGGAGAGAUAUGUGCAACAUAAAUGUGUUGGAUGAAUUUAUCGAUAACGGUUUUUCCGGUUGCUUCAAAUGUGUGUGCAAGAAUGGUAAGGACAUUCUUUUUUGGCACAAUAGGUGGUUGGGAGAACAAUCUCUUUGUUUCGACUUCCCGGAUUUAUAUGAUUUAUCUACAAAAAAGUAUUGUACGGUGGAGGAGGUUAUAGAUUGGCAUGGUGGAGUUUUUAGGUGGAAGUUGGAUCGCCUUUUCUCGAACGACCCUUCUCACGGCCAGACGGUGGCAGCCGCGGCUGUUGCUGGCAGCAGCUGGGCUAGGCUGCGUGACUGCAUCAGCACAUACAGCCCCAGCGAGUCUGCCUCCGACACUUUUGUGUGGUUCUUACACGAUAACGACGAGUUCACCGUUGCGAGCAUUGCUUCCGUGAUUGAUAGCGCGAAGUCUUGUGCUUGGGAUUAUCAUGUGAUUAAUUCGUUGAAGGUAAUGUGGGAUCUUAAACUUCCUCCCAAGAUUAAGGUCUUUACUUGGAGGCUUUUUAUUGACCGGCUUCCUACUAGAGAUAAUUUGUUGAAAAGAGGUGUGACUAGUGUUGUGUGUCCGAAUUGUGUGAUGUGCGGCUCCUCUCUUGAAUCUUCUUCCCAUUUAUUCUUUUUUUGUCAAGAGGUGAAAGCGGUUUGGAACUAUGUAUUCACGUGGCUUGAUAUAGCGGAGGAGAUUACUGUGGAUGAUUUUCUUAGGUUCGAAGUUAUCCAAGAAAAGGCGUUAGGUAGCAAGCGUAGAAUUGCGAUCAAUUUUGUUUGGAUAGCUACUCUUUGGUGUAUUUGGCUUAUGAGAAAUGCCAUGAUUUUUAGGGGGGAGAUUUUUAGUUUUGAGGUGGUGUGUACUAACAUUGUGUUUCUUUCUUGGAGAUGGUUAGGUUGUGGAUAUACGAAGUUUAAACCAAACUACUACGAAUGGUUUAAACUUCCUUUAUCCGAAUAUCGUAUACCAUAG